CCACUCCUGAGGGAGUAUACCAACAAACAUGCCCUCCGACCCUCUUAAAGCCCCCAAGCCCAAACGAAGCCGAAGGGUAUCUCUAAUGUCCAGGAACCGUGCCCGUUACGAAAAAGCCCGCCAUCUCACCCCAGAUGCUCUACUCGAGCUCGAGAUCAAACACAAACAAAAGGGACGGGUUGCCCAUCCGGCGAGAGCCCGCACCUUCGCCCCAGAAGUGUACAGCCACCUCUCCGAAGCGCAACAAGCCCACCUACGACAGCUGGCCGAAGACGGUGGACCCGAUCUCUCCGACCUGCGGAAUUACCCAAGAACUCACGACCCCAGCUCGCACAUCCUCCCCACCGCACCCCCCUCCCCCCCGCUCUCCCACCAGCCCUCAGUCCUCCCCCCAAGCACCUGCACUUCCGGCCUUGAAGAACCAUACCCAGCCUCUUCACCCACACGACCCCCCUCCCCCUCCCCCUCCCCCUCGCCCCCGAAAUCCAAAUCCUCGCGAUCCUCGCGAUCCUCCCGCUCCUCCCGCUCCUCCCAAGCCUCGCCCCCCUCCCAAAAGUCCGGAGUACCCCCGCGCAAACGCAGAAAACCAACCCCUUACCUCUACGGCCCCUCCAAAACCUUCACCACCCACGCCCCAGACCACUCCCCGCUCCGCCCCCAUCACGAACACCACCACCAGCAUCACCCGCAUCACCAGCACCAGCAGCGCAGCCCCACCUCUGAGUCCACCUCAACCUCAACCUCCGAGUCCACCUCCGAGUGUACCCCCAGCUCGCACAGCCACCGCCCCCGCCGCACCGCAAGCAUCCUCCGGCGCCGGGUCCUCCUUCAAGAAGCGCGGCGCGGCAGCAUCGCGCGGCACGGGCUGGGGGCGGCGGGGUUCUGGCACCGGCGGCGGGGGCCCGACGGGCGGCUGGAGAGUCAGGCGGAGGCGGAUGCGCGGCGCGGGCGGGUGCGCCGCGGGCGCCGCGGGUGGGGUGAGCGCGAGUUGAGGGUUGUUUAUGGGGCGAUUUCUUCGGUGAGGUCUGCUGGGAGGGAGGGGCGGGAGUUGUAG